AUGGACAACGAAGAUGAACCUAAUUCGAAUGGUCUAUAUCCUUCAACAAACAAUGUGAUGACAACAACCAUUGCUCCAAAUCAUUUUCUACUUUCAACUUAUCGUGAUAACCUUCGAACAAAUAUUGAUACUCAUCAGGAUGGUCCGUUGUCAGCAAUGAUGAUGAAUUUACACGGAAAUAUCAAAGCAACUACAUCGUCAUCGUAUAAAUGUUGUUUAUGUCGGAAAAUAGUCGAUGAUGCAACGUUAACAUGUGCUAAAUGUGUAAAUACAGGUGAAUUUUGUCCGUCACGACAUGAUACAUGCUCGAAUAAACGAAGGCAAAUCUUAGCAAACAUGUUGAAUACAAAUGAUUAUGCUGAAUUUCAACAAUAUUCAACAAAACAUUCUAUAAACACACCGCCACAUUUACAAUGUUCAGAUCGAAUGUUUCUACUCAAGAAAUUCAAUGCACAAAAGAAUGUUUUACAAGAAGAAUUCCAAACGAAAAUGGAAACAAAUUUGAAAGCCUAUGCAAUGUCCGAAGAAAUUCUCGUCCGUAAAAACCGUUUGGCUCUUAUCAGUCAAUCAAUUGAACGGCUUCGAAAUCAAAUCAAACAUAAUAAAUUGGCUAAUAUCAAAGCGCAACAAAACAAUGACAAGUGCUGUGCACGUAUCGACUUUCUCGCCAAAAAAGUUGCGGAUAUUAAACAAGUCCUGAAGUCCUCAAAUGACGAGAUACGAAAAAAGAACGAAUUACGCAUUGAACAUGAAAACAAGCUCCUCGUAAUUCGUCGACAACGUCUCAAUGAAGUCUAUAAGUACAUCUUUCCUAUCGAACAUGCGUCGCCCAUUGAAGAAAAACUGGCAUCAACAAUGCGAGCUUUAUCAAGCGCACAACAGCCUAUCGUGGAUGAAACCAAUAGCGAUUAUUCGGAGAAUGAUGAUUCAUUGAAUGUCGGUGGUGAUCGAUAUCAAAUCGUCAAUUCAUGUUUAUUAGCCAAUGGAGAUUAUCAAAUUGUAAAACUUCUUUUAACUGUUGAUGUUGAUGGUAAAACACAAGAUGCUGAUUCGCUUCAAUCUACGCUGUCGCAUGACUUGUAUGAAAUUGUUUCUGCAUUGUCUCAUUCUUGUCAAUUAAUCAAUGUGAUUGCCUUCUAUCUUCAUAUUGCAUUGCCAUUUCGUUUACAUCAAUUAGAAUUCAAUACAGAUAAUUUAACACCGGAUCGUCUUCGUGCCGAUGUGGCAAAACUUAAUGCAAACAUUGUUACUAGUUGUAUAUCGCAAGGCAUACCGAUCGACAAGAACAAUGUCACACAUACACUGGAAAAUCUAUGUAGAUUAUUAACCUUAAAACGAUAUCUCAGCCGACCCAAUCCCGUUGUCUAUUCGCAACAAUAUAUUGAUAUGAUGGAAGAAGAAGUCAAUGAAAUAAGUCGAGCUUAUGUCACAGAUUAUUGGUUUGAUGAUGUGGAAAAGGAUGUGACAGAUCUUUUGAAUAGUGACGAAUGGGAAACAGUACCACAAGACUAUCACAUACCUGAAGAUCCAUCUAUUCAUGAACGUCUCGGUUCAUUACCUUCAAUAUCUGGCCAACAGCAUCAAACACAACAUCUAUCUGUCAUGAGCGGUUCAAUUGGUUUUCUCAAAAACAAAGGUUCUACUCUUUUCAAUUCAGUUUUUCGCAGUUUGGCAAAAUCUUGA